AUGACUUCCGAAAUUGUUUCGCGAAUAUGGGAGGGCAGAAUUCCUGUGAGGAUUGGUUUGAGUGCACGUGACUCACAGCAGGGACUGGCGCCCUCGGUAUUCUAUUGUGGCACGUUGAGGAGGAAUGGAUACAUACACGUUGUAUUGCCGCUUUUGCUUCGGUUUUUUGCGCCAUUUGUUGAAGAUAGCUCUGCACUCAAAAGAGAUGACUGGUGGCUUGAGUUUGAGGACGUUCCUGUGAAAUGGAACUGGCCAAUCGGUGUUUCCUUCGACGUGAUGACAGGGUUCGACCCCAGUAACGCGGAGCCCGAGCCCCAAGCAUGGGAAUUAACGCUACAUCACAAGGAUUAUCCCGCCGAAUAUAUUGUGCCGAUAUUGACACCGCCUCCCAGUGUCAGAAACCAAUUUCUGGAGGAUUACUGGAUAAAUCAGAUGAAAGAGGCAUGUUUCAUACUGACCGGUUCUGCCAAACCCAUAAUGAACCUCUCGAGGGCUAACUCUGCGAACUUCUGGAAGAGUGUGGAAAAUCGUAAGUUUCCGAGAGAUCACUAA